AUGGGUAACGUACCAGAUUUUUGUCGAAACAGUUCCAUUGCAAUCAAUGAAACAUCCUAUGCGAAAUUAUCCGAAUGUUGGACAGAAACGCGCAUAGCGGAUGUUCUGCGAAAAUGUUUACCAUUGAUUAUCUUACCUGUGUCACUUAUUUGUAAUUCUUUAUCGUUUAUUGCUUUACGAAGUCGACAUAUGCGUGGAACAUCAACAGCAUUUUUCAUGCUGGCACUCAGCGUGCUCGAUCCACUUGUAUUAUUGACGAAAAAUCUUGUAUAUUUUCCGGCAUUAGUUGCUUCACAUGCUAUCUUAUGUAAAAUUCUUUAUUUUCUCAUCUAUGUACUUGGUUAUACCAAUGUUUGGAUACUCGUGAUUAUGACAGCUGACAAAUUCUUCGCUGUUUGGUUUCCGCUGAAAGUAUCAUAUUUUUGCACGAUAACUCGAGCAAAAUAUGUCUGUAUAUUUCUCUUUGCUAUGACGAGUAUCAUUUCGUUGCAUCAUUUUUGGACUAUUGAUAGUAUACAAUAUCCUCACUAUCCUAACCGACGUUUUUGUUAUUAUGAUCUGCAACGUUAUGGGUUAAUUCAACAUACAUGGCGUUACAUGGAUUUCGUCAUUUGGUGUUUUCUACCGUUCAUUCUCAUAUUAACAUUGAGUGUUUUGAUUAUUUACAAACUACGACAGAAGGAACAAACGUCUCAUUCGAACAUUCGACAGAUACUCGGUACAAAUUCAAAUAAUGAAAAGGUUUCAAGUCAGAAACGCCUUAGCAAACAACUUCAACAACAACAGCAAUCGCAGCAGCAGAGAAAAUCCGACAGCCAAGGUUUUGAAAUGCGCAGUACACAGAAAAGUGAAGUCAUACGUUCAAGACAACGUCACAUAACACUGAUGUUACUUGCUGUGGCUGUCGUUUUCCUCCUUCUUACAUUACCAAAUAGUAUCUACUUUGUACUUGACCUAACAUAUGGUUUUAAUAAAUUGCCAACUGACGAAAACUACGAACAUUGGCUGCGUUAUCGACGUUUAACAAUCUUAACUGUUAUUAUGUUUCAAUUAAGCGAUUUACAGCAUGCAACAAACUUCUUCUUAUACUUACUAACGAGUGACAAGUUUCGUCGAUCUGUGUUGAUGACAUGUGCAUCAUCAGUGCACUUCGCGCCGUCAAUAUUCAAUUGUUGUUGCCGAGAUAAGAUUGAUUCGGCCUCGUCGUUUCAAAAUCAUUAUUCAGGUCAGAAGUAUGAUAAAAAGACGAUGUCUUAUCGAUUGAGUGCAACAGAAAGAUCAAGUAUAUCAGCAAAUCCACGAUAUAUGAAUACGCAACAGGUCCAUCAACAAUCAUCGGCAGCUUAUCGUUCAUCAAGUUCACGACCUUCGAGAUCCAUUAUUCAAUCGUUAUGA